AUGGUGCCAUUUCCACUGGAGUGAAAACUAUCAAGAAGGAAAAAGAGUUUUCUCAAACAGAAUGAAGGCUCUACUUGUGCUUGCCUGCCUUUUGGUUCUCACUGUGCCUUUUGAGGCCAGUGGCAGCAGAAGUGGAAGCAAGGAAAGAAGGGGGUACCGUCCACGGCCUUUCUAUCGCCCAAACUCCUACUAUCCCCCAAACCCCUACAAUCCUUACCAAGGGCAACCACCUUUCCCAGGCCCUAUGAGAUAUCCUUACCCUCCAAUGUAUUAUUAUUAUGUCCCUGUCCCAAUACCAGCUACAACAACUGCAGCUACAACAACUACAACAGCUACUACUGCUACUACUAAAUAAGUAGUGUCUAAUAAAAUCCAUCUGCCAACUGGUCUUGCAGAGAUGUCUUUCAUAAUCACCUCUACAAGGUCCUAAGAAACAGUCUUGUUUCUGGUUCUUUAUAAUUAAUAUAACCCGAAUAAUCUUGAUCUUGAAUUUCUUAGUGGUGUUUUCCACAUCUUCAUUUAAACUUCAAAAUGUAAAGCUUUGCAAUAUAUUAUUUUCAAUAAACAUGACCAAGCAUCA